GCGAUAACAUGCAUGCUUUGCCUAUGGGAGACCCAACGCUAUAUUUGCGUGGCGAUGAAUUCGCGCAGCUCUGCAUCCCACAUCCGUCUGGUUGGCGGCCGGAAACCGGCAUCGGCCAAACGUUCAAGCAACCCCGCGCAGGCGGCGAUAAAUAGUAUAGACCUGGGAGAGCCCCGAGAAAGCACACGGAGCAACACGUCAAUGAGACGAGCACCCCCAUCGCAGGGAGCUGUGCCAAUCUAUCGCAACGCCCGAGUCGCAUGACCGGAAACGGCAGCACAAAUCUCACUUUGGAGUGUCGGAUCCGCUUCCUGCCUUUGAUUCGUAGCUUCGGUAAAAUAUCGCAGGAACUCGGCCUCCCCCUGAGAACAUCAGAACAGCAAGCCGUCCCGGCGGGUUCAUCGCCUUGUGCUCGCAGGUCGUCCUAUGCGAACAUAAGGCCAACCGUAGCAAGUUGUAGCUCCUCGUACGUACAGCGCCAGUGGAGGCGUCCUCAGGAAAUGAGUCAUGAUGGCACGGGUGUAUUCCUACUGCCUAUCGCCAGCUCGGAUGCCGUGGACUGGCGCGGCAUAGCGAACGUCCUAAACCGCCUUCGUACCGGACGCUCGCGUGGCGUCUAUCUUUGCGCAAUCGACCGAGAUUACGAGCUUGCUAGGAAUCUCCCUUACCGGCGAAUAUGCCGGAUGAUCGUUCGAUGGACAAUCAGCACCCUCAUGCUCGCAGGUACGCGAAUCCCCGAGGGCUGCCGUAACGUCGAUCCUUGCAAACAACGCCGUAUUCCUGGCACUGUCGAAGAUUCAUUUGACGACAAGCACGUUCAUCGCGGGGAUGUUUCACGUUCCGCAUGAGGGCCAAGUUUUGGGUCUGAUAAGCCAAUGCGCUGCGUGGAAAUACUGGUACAAGAUCUCGGCAUGUUGGGGAACAUGAUGAGUAAUUGCGUCCGGGCUGAGAUGUUACUGGCUCGCCAUGUUUAUGUGCCCUGAUUGUCCUUCACGAGGUCUAAGCAUGCGUUUCCAUUUUCAGCAAAGAG